AUGUCUGAACAAACCUUCCACACCACUGCUCAAGACAUCCGCAAGGCUGAGUCUCACGCCUCUCACGCUCGCUCCGGAAACACGCCUAAGGACUCGAACAUCUCCGCCAUGAAGUCCAUCAUCGAUCAGAACACAGAUAAGGCUAAGGAGAUUGAAGAGCGCAAGGCUAACCUGCCUUUGCCUGACCAGCCUCCCGUCGCCAGUGACUGGCAGUCGGCUGAUCAGCGGACCGUCAACGUCGGCUCGGGCAGAUUUGAAGCCCCUGUUUCUGGCGAAGGUAACAGCGCUCUUAGAGGGCCUGCGACGGCAGGAAGCAGUGUCCGUAUCUCGGGAGACGAGCUGCACAAGGAAACCCAACCCACAGGCAAGGUUGGCCGCCAGGCUGUUGAAGGCCUGUCCGACCUGCCCAAGGAUGCUCUGGCUCGGUAA